UCACUAUCCGACUGCAGCCAGGAUAUGUGAACUACCCUGUCAACGCGUUUAUUCCCAGACCUUUGCAAUGUAGGCUACCAGCUGUAAAACGUGUGGACCAUGUAUCAAGCGUAUGCAGACCGGAGAAGCGGAGAUGUGGGAAAGAUCAUUAUGGAGGAGAUUGUUUGGCACAAGAGAAUGAACAAGGAGGAAGAUGUUAGAACUGUGGUGGAGAUCAUGAAACGAAAUCAGAUAAAUGUACCAGGAGGGUGAAAGAGACCGAGGUUGCCAAAAUAUGGGCAGUUAAGAAACCCCUAUGCGGAGGCGGUCAAAAGGGUAGAAAGAACGAGUAGCUCUAGCGGUCUCAUGCUAGUGGCUAGGCAUACACUGCAACCUGCGGAGAGUUCCCAUCACCAGCCGGACACAGACAUUCUUCAUGAUGAAUAAGGAGGACUUUGUUACUUUUAUAGCAAUGGUGGUAAACGGGCACUGCUCAAUUGGGGAAAUGAAGUAUAGGAACGUUGACAUGAAUUAAAAGGCUUACAUCCGAGUUGUGUCUGGUGCGGUCCUACCCUCGCAGCCCCCUGAGCCAUAACGCAGAGUUGUAGAGUUUUUGAAUGACUGGAGGAGUGGGAUGUUUUAUAAAGUUUUUUUGAUAAUACGUGUGGAUUAAUGUUUUUGUUCCCUUCUCCGUAAUGAAGCAGUUGGUGGCGGCAAUACAACAAUAGUUGUGGUAUGCCAUAACGUUUCAGAGAAGAAGAAGAAGAAUCUCAACGUUUUGGCACUUUUAUUUUGAAAUCCAUAACACUUCCGGGUCUGGAACAGCGAAAUUCGACUUGUGGCGCUGAAAUGCUACAUUGUAGUUGAAUUGUCUCAGAUAAAGGUUUACCGUGAGUUUUGAUAAUACUUUUCUUUAUUAGUUUUAGACAAGACGUGACAAUGUCUCAAGAUUGGAUAGGUUAUAGCUAUGCUGCAUUGGUCUCGGCAGGAGGAAUCAUGGGCUAUAUAAAAGCAGGAAGUGUAACUUCACUGGUUGCAGGACUUUUCUUUGGGUUUCUAGCUGGACUUGGUGCCUACCUGAUGUCUCAGAAUCCUAAAGAUGUCAGGCUUUCUCUAGGUACCUCAGGAACACUGGCCGUUGUCAUGGGAAUGAGGUUUCUAAAUUCCUGGAAGUUCAUGCCAGCUGGUCUGAUGACAAUAGCAAGUAUACUGAUGCUGGGGAAGACUGCAGUGGGGAUGUUCAAGAGACCACAUGAUUCAUAAAUGUGAAGAAUAUAGGAAUUUCACAGUUUUUAUAUUCAAUGUUUGUGGUUUAUAUAUAGACAGUUAUUUGACAUCUGAAUUUAUAUCAUUAUCAUUGCAAAGAAACAUAUACUAUUGAAACCUUUCAAGACAAGCAUAUAAUGAAUGAAAAUAUCGAUAUUCAGCUGGGUUUGAUAUUCAGCUGGGUUUGAUAUUCAGCUGGGUUUGAUAUUCAGCUGGGUUUGUCUAAUUUGAAGCUGACAUGUGUGGCCAGGGAAGGCUUUACUAUCUUUCUGUGAAAAUUACAGCGUUGUAAAUAAUGAAUAAAGAUGACACAAAAAUAUA